AUGACUUCAGUUUUCAAGAAUGAACUGAUCGACAGUCUGAACGAGAGCGUCAUUGGUAAGCACAUGUUUAAUCACAAUCAGGCGCGCAAGCAAAGUCGAGCAAAAUCAGCUCGCAAGUUGAUUGGCAGCUACCUUAGUGAAAGGAUUCUCAUCUACGCUCCUAUGCUCAAGUGUUAUCUUUCUCACGGUAUGGAGAUAACCAAGGCUUACUGCUUUGUCGAGGCCAUCUCUCACAAAGCUCUCGCCACCUUAAUUGAGUCUGUAUCAAACGCUCGACAAGAGGGCGAUGUUGAUAAGUCAAAGGCGAUGAUUGCUGAUAUGAUAAAAGUGGUAGGCACCAGCGCUUUUAAUCAAGCUGGAAUGGACAUCAGUAAGCACAAAGAGGUUAAGUAUGAGUCGAUCUACAAAGCUAUCAAGAACAAGCGCGUUACGUAUCAUGGUCUUGAGGAGCUCAAUGAUGGGUGUAAAAAGAAGCGUCGACUCAAUAAUACGAACCCAAUCCAUUUGUCGAUUGCUAUCUAUUAG